CAUAUAAACCCCUCAUCUCUCUGUGUUUUAAACCUAUUCAUAUAUACUUAGCUUUUGGUCAUGCUAGCUAUGGCCGACGAGCUUGGCCAUGAAUUAUGGGACGACAAAACAUGGGAAUUUCCAACUUUUGGGGCUGAAGAAGAUUGCGGCGGAAAGUUGGCGGCUGACGUCAGCAAUUCAAAGGGGCAGGCGGAGGAAGCGCGGCCUGCAGCGGGGGCCGCCAAGGGGAAGAAGAGGAGCUCCGCCGCCAUAGGUACUGGUGAUGAUCAAGGGGAUGAAGGGAGAGGCGGCGGUGGAGAAUCUGAUGAUCACGAGUUGCAUAUAUGGACAGAGAGAGAGCGGAGGAAGAAGAUGAGGAACAUGUUUGCCAAUCUUCAUGCUUUACUCCCUCAUCUUCCCGCUAAGGCAGACAAAUCCACCAUUGUGGACGAGGCAGUGAACUACAUCAAGAAACUGCAAGAAACUCUUCAGGCACUUGAGAAAGAAAAGAUUGACAGGCUAAAUGGCUUAAUCACCAACAAUCCCAUCAUCUACGAUCCCUCCAUCAUCACCCAACAACGACUUGCCAUCCAAUCAAGGGAGGCAUUUCUAGCCGAGCAGGGAUCUGUGGCUUUAGGAAACCCCAACCCGCACCCGAUGUUUUCCGGCCCCGAAUUCCCAUCCAUUUUCAAGACAUGGACUUCUCCCAACGUAAUCCUGAAUGUUUGCGGGAGAGAUGCCCAUAUCAACGUUUGCAGCAUCAAAAAACCCGGCCUGCUCACCGCCAUUUGCUUUGUGAUGGAGAAGCACAAACUGGAGUUGGUUUCUGCUCAUGUUUCCUCGGAUCGUAAUAGAUCCAUGUACAUGAUCCAUGCCCGCCAGGGAAACGGAGGUUCAGAGCAGCUCUCACAGGCAUUUCCAGUGGAAGAAAUAUACAAGCAGGCAGCUGCCGAAAUAAUGCUGUGGGUUAAUUCUUAAUUUGUCUCUUAGAUUAAUUAAACCUCAUUAUAUAUAUGUAUAGACAGCCUACCCAACUAAUUACUAGAAUGCACAAUUAAUAUGU